AUGAACUACAAACCCGGGCGGCGCGCUCACGUGAACUAAUUCAUUGUAUCGGGUAGAGACGGAGGAAGCGGCAGCGAGCGACUCGGCUGGUCGGUGAAGCAACUGUGCUCUGAGAAAACGCUGAAAAAACCCGACUGCUCGGCACAUAAACUGAAGGGAUGGCAGCCAUCCGUAAGAAGCUGGUAAUAGUGGGGGAUGGAGCUUGCGGGAAGACAUGUCUCCUGAUCGUCUUCAGCAAGGACCAGUUCCCUGAAGUCUACGUUCCCACCGUGUUCGAGAACUAUGUCGCUGACAUCGAGGUGGACGGCAAACAGGUGGAGUUGGCUCUCUGGGACACGGCAGGUCAGGAGGACUACGACCGGCUGAGGCCUCUCUCCUAUCCAGACACUGACGUCAUCCUCAUGUGCUUCUCCAUAGACAGCCCCGACAGCUUGGAAAACAUUCCAGAGAAGUGGACCCCAGAGGUGAAACACUUCUGUCCAAACGUUCCCAUCAUCCUGGUAGGAAACAAGAAAGACCUGCGCAACGACGAGCACACACGUCGAGAGCUGGCCAAGAUGAAACAGGAGCCAGUGAAGUCAGAGGAGGGUCGGGAGAUGGCCGGACGGAUCGCAGCGUUCGGCUACAUGGAGUGCUCCGCUAAGACCAAGGAUGGCGUGCGGGAGGUGUUCGAGAUGGCCACCAGGGCGGCGCUGCAGGCUCGCCGUGGAAAGAAGAGCAAUAAAUGUGUGCUGCUGUAAAAUGGCCGACAUAUUUGGACUGUUUUUCGCCCCGGGUCGCUGUACCUGGGUGAUAGGGCUCGGGAGGGAUUACUAAAGAUGGGAGAGGGAGGGCGGGAGGGGACAAAGAAAAAAGGAGUGCAGUAAAUGACUACCGCUGUAAACUGGCUGUUUGUUGGACUGAAUUCACCCUGGGACUCGGGUUUGGGAAGCUUUGGGUGGGCGGACGGACGAGGGAAGGAGGGAGCACAGUGAACGACUACCGCCGUAAACCGUUGGGGUCUUUACCUGCAGGAGUUUACCAUCAGGGUGGGAAAAUUACACCAGCCUAAAAAAUGUCUGUUCAACAAGCCACUUACACUGAUAACAAUCAUUAUUUGGAGAUUCUGGUCCAUUGGUUUAGAAAAAAAAAAAGAAAAAAAAUCUAGCUGGCACAGUUGCUCAUGGGGUUUUCCGGUGACUGUCUUCAGUGUGGACGACAUUAUAAAAAAGGUUUAAUUUCCUACCUGGAUGACUUGACAGACAGCACAGUAAAUGAGUACCACUGUAAAGGGUCACCAGUGGACUAUGUAUCCCCAGGUUCACGCCUGGGAUUAGGGCUAGUGGCGGCGUGGAGUCGGGACAGGUGAAGGGAUGGGAAAAGUUAAUCCCAAAACGUGAGAAAAUACACACCAAACCACGGCGGUGUUUCCUAGUUCUUCACUUUUAUCCGACUUUAGUAGACAAACCACCGGCAACGAUGACUACUCUUGAUGGUGCUUUGAGUAGAUUGGAGUUUUAUCAGCGUUUUAGUUUAAAAAUCAUCCAACGUAUUAAACGAGCACUCACGUGCCGUCAGGUGCACGGGACUUGUGUGUUGUAUUAUCAGAGAGGUGCACUGUGGGUAAUCCAGAGUUUACAAACACAUGGAGCUCUACUCUCUGAGAUAAUCUGUUACAGUCACCUGAUAUCAAGUGCUUUAUUAAUUGCAGCUGGUGUGCACGUCAAGCUGUCCUCGUGCUGUUUUUUUUUGUUAGAAUUAAAUUGGAUUUAAACAGUGGACAGUUUUACCGCAGCAGUGUUUGCUUCCUCAGUGGCCAGGCUGGACAUGUUAGUCUUCACUGCUGCUGGUUUGUCUACUUGAGGAGGUUAACAUCCGAUGGCUCUUUAGCGGUUUAAACUGUCUGGACUGAAUCAGUGGAAGUGGCAGGUGAAUUUGAGCAGCUUCCUGCCCUGCAUAGUAAAACCCAAACGGACCGCCGUGGCUCCCAUCCCUUCCUGGUCCACAUAGCUGACUGCUGGUGCUCAUCUUCCCCUGGUUUUAGACCCGGACGAAGAACAAGGAGAAGAGAGUGUUUGUUUACAUGCACACCACUUAUCCUCCUUAUUUGGGACUAUGAAUAUUUUGUGUGUAGGCAUGUGUAAAGGUCAUAUAGUACCAAAAGUAGUUUAAUUUUUUUUUUUUUUUUUUUAGGUAAAAGGUGCCUGGGUUAGACCAUCUGGUGGCUGCUACAAACUUGACCUUUUUAUCCAGUCCUGCCUUUAAAAAAAUGCCAGAUUUGUCAGGAUAGAUAUUGUACAGAAACCUGCACCACGAAUGCAGUGAAAAUUAACCACCUGCUGUUCAUUUUAGGGUGUUUUUAAAGUGUUUUCUUAAAAAAAAAAAAGAUGUUAAAAAUGGCAUGUGUGUCCAGUCAGUAAUUGGGAUUUAUCAGCCACCAGCCUCUUCCUGACAUUUCUGUGUGUUUUGCGGUGGAUUCGGACUCUCUUGACGGCAUUUUUAGCCUCCUGUUCUUCCUCCUGGUCUGCAGGGAGGAGCCUGUUCCAGAAACCAGUCUUGUGUUGUUGUUCUUAUACUUUAUUUCCAGCUUUUUUCUCCUUUUUUUCCUUUUUUUUAAAAGAAAAAAGUCAAACAUGUCUAUCAGUAUUUAAAAAUAAAAAUAGGAGGUGGAAGACUAGGGAAUUACUUGUGUGUCAUUGCUUUAGUUUUUCCUGCUUUUUGUGCUUUACCUGAAUUUUCUUCCGAUGAUUUAUACUCGGUUGUAACGACCUCCCUCAAUCAUCCCUGCCAAAUGCUGUUGUUAGGCAGUCAGGAGAAAGGCUGGCCUCUCGGCUGCCUGUCUAGAGCAUCGCUAGGACCACAAGUGCUGACUUUUUUUUUUCUUUUUUUUCUGUUUGUUUGAUUGAAAGGAAGAAAAAACAAAAAGGAAGAAAGUCUCCUUUUUCAUGUACAAAUCAUUAUUUCUAGUUUUUAUUAUUUUUAAAAAUAUCGGAAGCAGUAAACAAAGGAACAGGAAAAAAGAAACAAAAAAAGCUGUAUGCAAAGUCUGUAAAUAUGAAAUGUGGGUUUGUUCAUACUAGACUAUACACACACGCACAUGACUGGAAACUGUAUUUGUAAACUAGCUUUGGUUUGUGUAAUAAAUUACUUUCUAUAACA